GCAGGCGGGGGCAGCGGGCCCAUCAGCCCCGCCUCGCUGCCCCCCGGCGACCCGCAGCUCAUCGCCCUCAUCGUGGAGCAGCUCAAGAGCCGGGGCCUGUUUGACAGCUUCCGCCGGGACUGCCUGGCCGACGUGGACACAAAGCCAGCUUACCAAAACCUGCGGCAGAAAGUGGAUAAUUUUGUGUCGACCCAUCUGGACAAGCAGGAGUGGAACCCGGCGAUGAACAAAAACCAGCUUCGGAAUGGGCUGAGGCAGAGUGUGGUCCAAUCUGGGAUGUUGGAAGCAGGAGUAGACAGAAUUAUCUCCCAGGUGGUGGAUCCAAAGCUAAACCACAUCUUCAGGCCACAGAUAGAACGGGCUAUUCAUGAGUUCCUGGCGGCCCAGAAGAAAGAAGCUGCGCCGGCCCCUCCUCCAGAGCCCGCGAGCCAGGACCCUGCGGCUCAAUCCCAGGACACAUCCUAAGGAUACCUCUGACAUCUGUUAAAAGCUUUUCAUUAAUGAAGAAAUUACUUCUACCUGCAUCAGAGUACAGCUUCUGAAUGAAGAGUUCAGGACUUCAGCCUUACUGCGGAGCAGUGUCCAGACCACCACGGCACAAGUUGGGCUGUGACAGCAUGGACCAGGGGCCUCUGUGCUGUGCUGCCAUCUGUCUAGUCCAUCCAAGGGGACGGCACCCAGGUGACACUACAGAAAGAGAACACUACAGCAACCGGUUGUCCAGAAACACACCUUUAUACUUGAACUUGGAGCCCACAGCUGGGUUUGAGGGCCUCUGUGCUAGGACAGACAAGCUGCAAAGCCGCAGGGUCAACCAGUAACAGUGGGAAACGUUAGCCGGGAGUAGGGGCUUGGUUCUUGGAGUUAGAGACUGGAACAGACACCAUUAGCACAGAAUGCCUUUGAAGUCGCCGUGAGCUUCACCUACACAGAUCUCUCAGCAGCUUCCCUCCUGGUACGAGGUGGGAAGACAUGGGUUAGGGAAAGGAGGAGGAAGACCAGAGCGGCCGGGGAAGGAAGAGCUGGGUGUUUCCUUGAUCUCUGUUUUUGUGGGUUUUUUAGACAAGUGGAUGAUCAUUAAAUGUACCUUUUUUUAAUAAAAAUCAUUUGGUACUCUUGGUGCAAUGCUGUCGCUGAAA